AUGGUGAGCGAGUUGAAUGUGAAGCUCUCGUUUGAAGAUGCUGUUGAAAUGAUGCCUGCUCUGAAGAGAUAUGUCAAGAGCUUGGUGACUAACAAAGCCUCACCUAAGGAGAAUGUUAUGUCUAUCUCCAAAAGAUGUAGCACACUACUUCAAAACAGAGCACCAGAGAAGAUGGAAGAUCCUGGCAGUUUUGUGUUAUCAUGUGAGAUCGAAGGAGCUGUAUUCGAGAAAUCUCUCUGCGACUUGGGAUCUAGUGUGAAUCUGAUGCCAUACACUGUGGCACAGAGGCUUGGUCUCACAAACUUCAGGUCAACGAAAAUCCAACUAGGCUUCGCAGAUCGCUCAGUGAGACAUCCCGUCGGAGUUAUUUUAGACAUCGUUGUGGUGAUCGGAAACCAUAAAAUUCCUGCAGAAUUUGUAGUGCUGGAGCUCGAUCAGGAGCCAAAGGACCCUCUCAUUCUGGGACGUCCAUUUCUGGUCACAGCAGGAGCUAUCAUCGAUGUGAAGAAAGGGAAGAUAGAUCUCCAUCUGGGAGACAUAAUCAUGAAUUUCGAGGUGAAUAAGAUGCUGAAAAGACCCACAUUGGAUGGACACACGUUCUCCAUCGGUCAUGCCUCAGAAGAUGAUGAUGAAGAUGAUGAAGUAACUAAAGAGCUGCUGAGAGAUGACCCCCUAGAGAUUGCUCUUACUCUAGCUGAGAGUGAGCACGGAGGAAGAAUCACCAACACCAAAAACUACUACAGACCACCUUAA